AAUGAAUAGUGGUGAAUAUCACAAAUUUGAAGAAUUAGGUUUAGAUUAAUGGUUAUUGAAAUUAUGUUGGAAAAUAGACUAUAAAGAACCAAGACCUAUUUAAGUUUUAAGUAUUCCUCCAUUACUUUAAGGAAAUAAUGUCUUAAGUAAUCAAAUUAAUUAAUAAUAAUUAUAGUUUCAUCUUAAACAGGUACUGGAAAGACAGCAGCAUUUUCAUUCCCAAUUCUUUAAACAUUAAGUUAAGAUCCAUAUGGAAUAUUUGCUAUUGUAUUAACUGCCAAUAGAGAACUUGCUGUUUAAAUAGCUGAAUAAAUCUAAAUAUUUGGUGCUAGUGUUAAUUUAAGAUUAGCAUUGUUAAUUGGAGGACUAUCCUCUUCAAAAUAAGUUAAACAAUUAGGAUAAAUACCACAUAUUAUAGUUGGAACUCCUGGUAGAUGUUCAGAAUUGCUUAAUAUUGAUGUUAAUUUCUAGAAAUAUAUUAAAAAUGUUAAAUAUUUCAUUUUAGAUGAAGUAGAUAGAUUACUUGAACCAUAAAUUUGGGAAGAUGUUAAAAAUGUCUAUUAAUAAUGUGAAUCUCCAUAAAUUGCAUUAGUAUCAGCCACUCUUAAUAAUGUCACUCAAUAAUUGAAAGAUCAAUUUUCAGAUCUCUAAUUUAUUGAAUGUAUAAAUGACCCAGAAUAGAAAGUAUCAGAAACCAUAAAACACAAAUUUUUAUUAAUGCCAGAUUUAGUUAAAGAUUAUUAUUUUAUUCAUUUAAUGAAAAAAUUAGAAGGGGCAUCUACUAUAGUAUUUGCUCCUACUUGUAGAAAAUGUCAUGAAUUAAAUGAAUUACUUAAUCAUUUUUAAAUUAAAUCAACAUGUUUACAUUCUAUGUUACCUCAGCAUGAAAGAAUUAGUAAUUUAAGAGCUUAUAGAUCUUAAAAGACUUAAGUUUUAGUAGCCACAGAUGUUGCAUCUAGAGGACUUGAUAUACCAAAUGUUAAAUUUGUAAUUAAUUGGAAUGUACCUAAAGUUGAUACAGAUUAUAUUCAUCGUGUUGGUAGAACAGGAAGAGCUGGAAGAAGGUAUAUAUUUAUCUAUUUCUAUUCAUUUAGAGGUACAGCUAUAACAUUGAUGACUUAAUUUGAUGUCGAAAGAAUAUUAGCUAUUGAAAAUUUAAUUAAUUUAAAAAUGGAAGAAAUCAAAUUCAAUGAAGAAAAAGUAUUAUCAAAUAUGACAGAUGUAACCAAAGCUAUUAAAACUAUUAAAAUUGUAAAUAUUCAUCAUAUCUUAUAAGAAAAUGUAAUAAGAUGGUACCACUGAAAAAUUCUUGGAUUUACAAAAGAAAAAAGUAAAAUCAAAAUAAAAAAGAAAAGAAACUUAAGAAGAAUAAUUACCAUGA